CUCAGCCAAUAAACGUAUGACGUAUUACGCGCGGAUAGGCACGAGCAGCUGUUGUUUUCCUCAAGGCGGGAACUAAAAAUAUUCAAAUAAUAAAAAUAUAAUUUUUAAGAAUUAAAAUAGGAUUAAACUGCAUAUUCGAAUUCAUGUCAAAGAAUAUAAUUUACCGACUUUCUUGUUAAACUCUGACAACUUUCUCAGCAGGAGAAGCUAAUCAGAAUGGAAGCUAACUCUAACUAGCUCAUUAAUUAUUGUCCAAUAUGGCAGCCGCCGUCUAACAAUAAAGCGUGUAAAAUAAACCAUAUGUAAUCUGACUGCUGUAUGCAUCAUUUAAGUCGUUAGUAAACGCAGCUACACAUGGAACACUGUAGUGAAAAAGGAGACAAAAAGCAGGCAGCCAGCAUGUGUUUUGGACAGUACCGCUACACUGCUGAGGAGUACCAGGCCAUACAGAACGCUCUUCGACAGAAGCUCGGUCCCGAGUACAUUAGUACUCGGCAGGCAGGAGGCGGACAAAAGGUAUGUUACAUUGAGGGCCACAAGGUCAUCAGUCUGGCUAAUGAAAUGUUUGGCUACAAUGGCUGGUCUCACUCAAUUUCUCAACAAAAUGUUGAUUUUGUGGAUCUGAUUAAUGGGAAAUUUUACGUUGGCGUCAGUGCAUUUGUGAAAGUUCAAUUAAAGGAUGGUUCAUUCCAUGAAGACGUGGGUUACGGAGUAAGUGAGGGGCUCAAGUCCAAAGCGCUGUCUCUGGAGAAGGCCAGAAAAGAGGCUGUUACAGAUGGGCUGAAACGAGCGCUAAAGUGCUUUGGAAAUGCUCUUGGAAACUGCAUCCUUAACAAGGAGUAUCUGAUCGCAAUCAACAAGAUUCCCAAGAAGCCCCUUUCACCUUUAGACCCACAAAAGACAAAGCGCAGCGACAACGAGCCGGCGGUGGAGAAGGCUCGCUACAAUUGCCUGUCCCGCACUGACUCCAAGGCUUUCAGUAAUUCAGCUGAAGCAGUACUGAACUCUCCGUCAGUACAGACUAGAAUCCAGCCAGUGGUUGAAAAGCCUCAGAACACUGUGAGCUCCAGGGACCCAGUCCCAAAUAUGACUGCUCAUUCAGUCAACAACUCAGCUCAAAAGGACUGUGAAAACAGGUCCACUUACAUGUCCAGAUCAUCUACGGACAUGGCCGAUUUGUCCUGCUUUGACCCUGCACUGGACUCUAAGCAGCAGAGGAAGCUGAGGCAGCAGCAGCUGCAGCAAAAGUUCAGACAAGAAAUGGAGGCAAGGAAGAUGCAGCAAGACAACGUGCAACCGAAGACUGAACCCAUAGCAUCUAAUACUAACACAGGCCAGGCUUUGGGCCCCAUUAACCAUAGCACACCUUCUGGGAAUGAAACAUUGGUCAAGAAGGAGGAAUGUAUGACCGAUGACCCAGAGUUAUGGGACUUUACUCUGGAUGGCAUCGAAAUGCUUGAGGACCCAGCGAGGGAAUCGUCAGGGCUGCCUCGUCCUGCUACACCGAGUGAGCACACAAUGGUGACGCGUAGUAAAACUCCUCAGAGAGCCACUACAUUAAGGCCAUCGUUUAGGUCGCAUGACAAUCAGGGGCAAGGAGGACCCACAAACUAUAGGCACAAUAACUCAGCAGCCCUGAAUACCGCUGUAGGAACAGGUCUGCAGAGUCCAUACCGACAAGGGCAGUACAUGAAGAAAAGGAAGCUUGAGCCUUGAACCUAUGACAUUUUAUGGUUUUUGAAUUUAAUUUAUUGCAUUUUGUUAUUUGUACAGAAUUGUUGGUAUUAAUAAAUAUUUAACGUUGUUCAAAAAAA